GUUACCUAAUAGGUUGUGGCUGUGUACUUACAUUUCCCAGGGCUAAAUUGUGAAUGUGAUAUAGUGCCCAUCCAGGCAAACCUACGCCUGCAGUAAUAAUGAAAAAACUUGGAAGAAUUUCGUACCACAUUUUAUGUUUUCGAAUAAAUUACUACAAUAAUUUUACACAAAACAACCUCAUAAAACGGAUGACAGUAAACUGCGUAUUGCCAGAUGUCGAUGUGAAAUUACUACGAGAAUUCAAAGACAAUGAAGGUAUCAAAUCAUCAAAAAUGGCAGACGUACCGAUCGACUGUGAUUUCCCCGUUUGGGGAUUACUGCCGAAAAAAGAAACAGGAGUGGUUUCUUUUCUGAAUAAAAAUCCAAGUUAUGAUGGCAGAGAUACUGUUAUUGCGAUUUUUGAUUCGGGGGUGGACCCUGCAGCAUCAGGACUUCAGGUCACAAGUACGGGCGAGACGAAAGUAAUCGAGAGAUUUGAUUGUAGCGGGUGUGGCGAUGUGGAUACCAGUACGGUCAUAAAAAAAUUGAAUGAUGGAUGUAUCACCGGCGUUACUGGACGCAAAUUGAAGAUACCAGAAUCAUGGACCAACCCCACGGGAACCUGGAGAGUGGGGGUGCUGUACCCGUUCAGCCUCUACCCCACCAAGCUGAAGGAGCGGGUGCAGGAACAUCGUAAGGAGCAUUUGUGGGACAUUGGCCAUAAACCCGCUUUGGCUGAGGCGACUAAACUUUUACAAGACUUUGAGUCUGAAGUUGUAUCAAAAUCAUCAAACCUUAGUUUUGAUGAUAAAUUAACGAAAGAAGAAUUAGAGGCAAGAGUUGAGGUGCUGCAGAAUGCUGAGAAGAAAUACACAGAUCUUGGGCCGGCGUAUGAUUGUGUGCUGUUCCAUGAUGGUACUGUUUGGAGAGCUUGCAUCGACACCUCAGAAACUGGUGAUCUAGCAUCAGGUCCAUUACUUGGAGAGUAUAGUAUAACACACGAGCAUGUCCACCUCACACCGCUGGACGAGAUGACAAUCAGCAUCAACGUGCACGAUGACGGACAGACAUUGGAAGUUGUGGGCAUGUGCUCGACCCACGGCACCCAUGUAGCAGCAAUCGCAUCAGGUUACUUCCCCGAGGAGCCUGACAAGAACGGAGUGGCACCCGGAGCUAAGAUAAUCUCGUUAACCAUAGGAGACAGUCGUCUUGGGUCCAUGGAGACAGGAACAGCUUUGGUUAGAGCCUGUAUUAAGGUCAUGGAACUCUCGAAGAAGAUGAAAAUUGAUGUGAUUAAUAUGAGUUACGGCGAGCAUGCGCAUUGGUCGAAUGCUGGUCGCAUCGGCGAUAUAAUCUGCUCGGUGGUGAACCGCUACGGCGUGUCGUGGGUGGUGUCGGCCGGGAACCACGGGCCCGCGCUCUGCACCGUGGGCGCUCCGCCGGACAUCGCUCAACCCGUGCUCAUUGGCGUGGGCGCGUACGUGUCGCCGGAGAUGAUGUCGGCGGCGUACUCGAUGCGCGCGCGGCUGGGCGGCGGCGCCUUCAGCUGGAGCUCGCGCGGGCCCGCCGCCGACGGCGCGCGCGGCGUCGCCGUGUGCGCGCCCGGCGGCGCCGUCGCCUCCGUCGCCAGAUUUACACUAAGGAAUAGUCAACUUAUGAAUGGCACUUCCAUGGCUGCCCCGCACGUGGCCGGAGUCGUUGCGGCGCUCAUAUCCGGUAUGAAGGCGAAGAAUCUGUCUUACUCCCCCUACUCCGUCAAAAGGGCGCUUGAGAACUCAGCCACUUAUCUCAGCCACGUGGAGCCCUGGGCGCAGGGCUGUGGGCUGGUGAACAUUGAGAAGGCAUUCGACAUUUUAACCCUGUACCACGGGCAGCCCGACCGCGACGUGACGUUCAACAUCCAGUGCGGGCCGAGUAACGCUAAGGGCAUAUUCCUGCGGCCGAGACUCGACGAUGUGCCCAAAGACAUCGGUAUCACCGUUGAACCGCAGUUCCUGCAGAAUCACCACGAUGCUGAGAAUAAGUCGGUGAUACCCAAGCAGAUAUCGUUCUCCGUGAGACUAGCUCUGACUAGCGACGCCGCCUGGCUUUCUAUACCACAACAUUUGGAUAUGAUGAACGCGGCUAGACCUAUUGCCGUAAGAGCUGACACUACUAGUUUACCCCCCGGGGCACAUUUUACCAGUAUAAACGCAUACGACGUAGCGUGCCCGGACAAAGGGCCGGUGUUCCGCGUGGCCGUGUCGGUGUUGCAGCCGCAGCCUUUACAGUUAUCAGCGCCAUCUUGUGUGCAGCUGAGUGAAACUGAUGUGCUGUUCAAACCUGCCACCAUCAAGAGGCAUUUUGUUAUAGUACCACCUGAAGCUACGUGGGGGGUACUCAAGAUAUCCACACAGGACAAAGAGAAGACUGGCCGGUUCCUGGUGCACGCCAUGCAAAUAGUACCGAGGAGGUCGUGUCGUAGUCAUGAGAUGCAAAAGAUGAUCAAUGUCACAGCGGAAGCUCCCACUUCGUUACCAUUCCAACUCUAUGGCGGCGUGACCUUGGAAGUGGUAUUGGCCAAGUACUGGGCCAACAUCGGCGAGAUGGUGGUGAACUACAGCAUAGAGUUCCACGGCCUCAAGCCUGACUUCGGGCCGCGGCUGGUGGUCGGCGCGGCGGCCGGCGUACGCGCAGUCUCUGUCACCGCGCUGAGGCUGCAGGACGUGCAGCCUGUGGCUACCCUGAAGUACCAGGAACCGGUUGUUAGGCCUUCAGAAUCGAAGUUGACCCCGCUGACCGCAAGAGACGUGAUACCACCAAGCAGACAGAUAUAUCAGUUGAUCAACACAUACAAUUUUCAUAUUGCCAAAGCCACUGAGGUGUCUCCGAUAGUGUCGCUACUGUGCGACAUGCUCUACGAGUCGGAGUUCGAAUCCCAGAUGUGGAUGCUGUACAACAGCUGCAAACAGCUGAUGGCCGUCGGCGAUGCUUACCCUUCUAAGUACACAGUGAAGUUGGAGAAAGGCGACUACGUCCUCCGACUGAAUGUUCGUCACGAGAACCGCUCGCUGCUGGAGCGGCUGCAGGAGCUGCCCGUGCUCGUGCAGCAGAGGCUGCCGCAGCCCAUCUCGCUGGACGUGUACUGCUCCCAGCCGCAGGCGCUGACGGGUGGCAAGAAAUUUGUGUCAGCUUCACUCCCCAGCGGCACUAUACUGCCCUUGUAUUUCACUCCGGUUACCACGGAAAAGAUCAGUCGUUCCAACCUGACAAUAGGUCACACGCUCACCGGCACGGUGACGUUCGCAAAGGACGAGCACGGGCGCAAAGUCGACUCUUACGCGCUGCAGUACGCGCCGUGCGAGCCGCCCAAGCGAGCCGCGCCCCCCAAAGACAAGGAGCGUCCUAAACACGAGGAGUAUUUGGACGCUUACAAGGAGUUCGCGACCGGUUGGCUGUCCAAGUUGGAGGGCGACAAACUGGAACAAGUAUACGAAGAGUUGGUGGACAAAUGCCCUGGGUAUCUGGGUGCGCAUAUCGCGUAUCUACACGGUAUCGACUCACCCACUGACGCUAAAAAAUUACCACACGCCAAGGAGGAGCCCAACGUGACUACCGCGUGGUGUGAACAACUCGUUACGAUAUCUGAUAAGGUUAUCAAUGCGAUAGACCAGGAGAAAUUGCUGGCGUAUCUUGGCAUCAAGAAUGACACGCGAAGUGACGCCAACAAAAUUAAGCAGGAACAAGAGAAACAACGCGGCUACCUCAUCGAGGCGCUGAGCCACCGCGGCGUUGCUCUGUGCCGGCUGCGCGCGCGCGCACAGAGCGGCGCAGCCCGCGACUCGCUGGCGGCCGCGCUGCGAGCCAACCUCGCCGACCUGCUGAAGUUCACCGACCUCGCCGACGCUAAGGCGAUCCAUUACGGCGUGUGGCACUGCUUCUCCAACGAGCACUGGGGGCGGGCCAUCAAACUGCUCAACAAAAUACAAGAGGAACGCCCCUCCAGGGAGGUUGAAGACCGCCUCAUUGAAUGCUACGAGCAACUAGGCUGGAAAUAUAUGGCGAACGCCACGCUCAUGAUGAUUCCCACGAAGUACCCCACCGGGUACAGGACCUUCUAAUGUCCCUCGCGGGGUACAGACGUUUUUAAUGUACCUUAAGAGGUACAACUGUUGAGGUACAGCUGUAUGUGAUGUGACGUUUCUUUUUGACAGUCGUAAUCGAUAUGUGAUUAAUUAUUUGGCAUAAUCAUCGUUUCGCAUAACUGUGUUCAUUAUGCCAAAAGUUACGCGUUCUUAUGUAUGUUUAUGAUAAACUGCUUGUAUGCUUCGAAUUAUGCCAUUAAAUGUUAUGCUCAAAAUAUUUUAUUCUCCUCAAAAUGGUUUUAUAUGUUAUGUUCUUGAUUUAAGUAAAGAUUUGAAAAUAAUUUUUGGGGUCUCCAAGUCGCUUCUGACCGUUUGGAUAUAAAUUAAUACAAUUUUGUGUCCCACAGAUUAUCUAUGUUAAAACAAAAACCGAAUUUGCGAACAAGUUUUUCUUGUGAUAUCCAAUUAUAUUACAUUCUUGGAAAUGAAUAAAGCUCAAUGUGUUAAUUUUCAUUUCAUACUCACCUAUUCAGAUAAAAACUGUCAAAAGAAAAUGGAAUAUGGAAUAUAAUAAUGAAAUGGAAAUGAAUAAACUGAAAUAUACUGCCUGUUAAAAGCAAUAACUAUUUUGUUCUUGAAACGAUUUGUAUUAAGAAUUAGAAAAUAUAUAUUUUGAAUUAUAUAGAUAAUAUUAUUUAUUGCACCCAGAAAAUUAAUUUCACCGUAAAAAUAUAUCAAUAAGGUACAAAUCCGACACUGUCGGUAAAGUAAUCACUUAAAAAAUCAGAGAAAGAAAGCGAUCAGUUCGACCAAUAAUAUCACGUUCACGUUUAGGAUCAACCAAUCAAAUCGCUUAAUUUUUCAAUGGAGCGUUAUGAUUGGUUGAUUAAUUGGAAUUGACGAAUCACAAUCGUUCUUCUCUACGCACAGUUCCUCAGUAGUUAAUUUGAAAAUUUAAAUGCACAAUGUUAGUUGAAUAUAAUGUUAGUAUAUUAAAAAAAUAUUGCUAUAUGUCGACAACGAAUCGUUUCAAGUUCAAGCAAUCAUUUUUAGCCUGCCACGCGUUUUGACAUAAUAUAUUUACAUAUAUAAGAACAUAUACUAUUUAUACAUUAUAUAAAAUCAUAAUAUACAAAUAUAGACCGCUUGACUGAAUAUAGUGAUAUAUACGGCUUUCCAAUGAAAUAUUUUUUACACAUAUCUGGAAAAUUGGUACAUAGAAUAUUGCACGUCGCUAAAAAAACAUGUCAAGGCAAGUUUAUACGACAUUCGCUGUUCUGUUGUGAGCUGAAACCUUUUAUGAUAUCAGUUCAAAGAAGAUUUAUCAUUGGUUAAUGAUUGUUUUUAUAUAUGUACUAUUAAGAUUUACUUGGAUAACUAGUUGUUGCCCGUGACGUUGUUCGCCUUGAAAGUUCACUGACAAUUUCAAUUCAAAGAGUGACCCACCCUGUUUUUUACCCCUUGUUGUGGUAGAGGGUGAAAUUUGACUAAGACUAAUACAUCUGAGGAAACCACAUUCAAAUCAGAAUAAUAGUAUUCGCGUGAUGCGAUUACAAACAUAAAGACAGACAGAAUUAUGAAAAUCACUUUCUUCUGUUAUUAUUAUAAUAUAUUAUAUAUUAUUAAUUAUAAUAUAAUAUUUAAUAACCAAAAAAUAAAUUUUUUUUUUGGGAAUACCUUUCAAGAACAGGUAUCGGUCGGUUACAAAUUUCUUAUGUAUGGAUUACUCGUAUAAAGAUAACAGUAUGAAUACCAUUAUUUUUUAAAGUUUUUAGAACGAUACUUGUUUUGAAAACUCGUGCUAUCUCUGUCUCGAACGUAUUGUCCAGACAGGGAUGGCAAGAGUGAAGUAUUUGCAUUGGAUUUAUUCGCACGAGUGACAUUUAUGAUAUUUUUUUUUUUUAUUUCCUUUUCAAUCAAUCAAUGAAAUUUGUUUCUUCUGUACUUAUAAAUUCUCUAUUCUCUCAAUAAUGUUUAAAGCUCUCGUGUGAAUUAAUCCUUUAAAUACCUUUGAAUAUUCAAUCGUAAGUAACGUUAAAUGUAAGAAAACUUGAAAUAAAUAUUUUUAUUUCGUGAUGAGGUGUGCCGAGAUAGUCGUUUGUCUUUUGUUGAAGACCAAACGAUGCAAAUGGAAUGUUUCAAUUUAUUACUAGAACCAAGCUUUAUAAAUAUAAAUAUAUAUAUAAUAUACCCUACACGUGUGACGUCACUUAUGUCACUACAUUAUAUUUGUCCCUUGAAGGUCAUGUAUAACUGAUUGGCUUAAUGAUAGAAUCGAGAUAAGCGAGUGAGAGGUUGCGGGGAUAACUACUUAAUAAAGAAAUAGUAACUUCUGUCCGAAAAACUAUCGCCGUUUCGCUUUUUAUUAUGACGUGAAACGGCGACAGCGAUAUGUUUUUCGCGCGAUAAAAACGGCGUCGCGCGUGCCGUACUACGAGCGCUGGGUGGGUUGUGUAGUAUUUUUUUUUACAGUGACGUGUAUGUAAACAAUCACGGGUUAAUAAAUUACGAAUGACCUCAUUAGUAUUAUUGUCUAAGGUGCGUCGUGAAAGCCGACCGGCUUUAGUCAAUUGUUUUUGUAACGUUAAUCUAUAAUUUACUUAAUUAUCUAAGCCAACUGCGUCUGAAUCGAAUGUCUUGAAGCGUUUUAAGACUCGCUGGAUGAGAUUAUUUUUAAAAAUCUGUGUUAGUAGAGAACAUAUGAGAAAGUGCAAUUUGUGUAAUGUUUGUAAAAUAUAUUUGAAGUAGUACUCCGGGCUCCUCUCCAGAGAGAGGUUAUGAUAAUCAGGACUUAUCACAGGAGAAGAAUGUUUGCGAAAUAGCUGUCGGAAUGCUAACUGAUGCUCUGAGGAAACUUGCACAUUCAGGCGACUUCACGAUGUUAUCCCUCACCGUAGUACGAGCGCCGGUUGGUAUUCAAACCAAUGUAGGUACUUUGAAAAUUGUCAUUGGUACACGGCCGAGGUUGGUUUGAACCUGUAUUAAGUAAUUUAUUUGACGUCAACCAAUAUUGUGAAACCAAAAGAUUUGACAAUUAUUAAGCGAUAUGAAGUAAUAAUAGUAACAAUGAAAAAAAAAAUUGAAUUUGAAAAAAAUUGAAUUUGAAAAAAAUUGAAUUUGAGUUUGUGAAUUUUAACCGAGCACUUUACCGAUUCAACCACCGUCUUAUCAGUGCCAUUUAGAGUUCAUUAUAAUUUUGAAGUUUUUCUUUAAUUUCACGCCACAAAAUAUAGGUAUUUAAAAAAAAGGAAUAAUAAUUUAAAGACAUUUACCGUUCAUUAUAAUUUUGAAGAUUUGCUUUAAUUUUUUACGCCCAAUAGUUGAUUACCGCAGUUGGCUUUGUGUUAAGAUGCUAGUUUUAAUUUGUAAUUACACUGUCGUUCUACGUGAUUAUGAUAUAGGCAAUGUCUAAGUGAAUUGUUGAUGACGAAA